GACGGAGCCGGCGGCAGAGGAGGAAAAGGAGGAGGGGAGGGAAAGGAGAAGGGGAGGAGAAUGGAGUCCCGGGCGGCGGCUGAGCCCGAGCCCCCGCCCGCUUCCUCCGCCUCCUCCUCCUUCCAGGCCCGGCUCUGGAAGAACCUGCAGCUGGGGGGCAGCAAGAGCAAGGGCGGCGGGGGCGGGCGAGCGGGGCCCGGCCCCGGGCCGGAGAACCGCACUGCGGGGACCCCCUCGCCCUCCCCGCCUCCGCCCGGGGGCAAGCGCGACGGGCUGGGAGGCAGCAGGUGGAGCGGCUUCAAGAAAAGGAAGCAGGUGCUGGACAGAGUCUUUUCCUCCUCUCAGCCCAAUCUCUGCUGCUCCUCAGCCGAGCCCCUGGAACCGGGCGGCGGUGGCACCGGCGCUGAGCAAGGUUCCGCCCUGCGCCGCCGAAUCCGGGAGCAUUUGCUCCCGGCUGGGAAGGGGCCCGCUGCCGCGGCCGGAGCGACGCCGCCUGGUGGCCGCUCCCCGGACUCAGCGCCCUCCUCCUCUGCCUCCUCACUCUCCUCUUCACCUCAGCCGCCCCCUCGGGGAGAGCGAGCGAGCGAUGAGGGCUCCCAGCGGCGGGGCCCCGGAGCCCACCUGUCCCACCAGAAAAGCUCCUCUUUGCCUGGCACUGCCUGUCUGGAGCAGCUUCUGGAGCCGUCGCCGCCGCUGCUGCCGCCUCCUCCUCCUCAGUCUGCAGCCCCCGAGCAGGAGCCGGCCCCAUCCGAAACUGCGACCCCGGAGAAAGGCGAGAAACCAGGCAACGACCCGAGACUAAAUACUAUUGGGACUAGUAAUGCCGAUCUCCCUUUGGUUGAUCCCGGAAUGUACCAGUUGGAUAUUACAUUAAGAAGGGGUCAGAAUUUAGCUGCCCGAGAUCGUGGAGGGACAAGUGAUCCGUAUGUGAAGUUUAAAAUUGGAGGAAAAGAAGUUUUUAGAAGUAAAAUAAUACACAAGAAUCUCAAUCCUGUGUGGGAGGAAAAAGCUUGCAUUCUUAUUGAUCAACCUAGGGAACCUCUCUAUAUAAAGGUCUUUGAUUAUGACUUUGGACUGCAGGAUGAUUUUAUGGGUUCAGCUUUUUUGGAUCUCACAUUAUUGGAGUUAAAAAGACCAACAGAUGUGACUCUAACUCUGAAAGACCCACAUUAUCCUGAUCAUGAUCUGGGAAGCAUUUUGCUGUCUGUAAUUCUUACUCCAAAAGAAGGAGAACAGAGGGAUGUGAUUCCAAUGCACAGAUUUCAUCAUUGGAGUCUUUAUGAAAUAAAAACCAUGCUAAUGAGGAAGAGUUGGAAAAGAUCAAGUAAGGAACUCUCAAAAACUGAAGUGCUUGGAUCGUUUUUCUCAGUGAAGUCUUUCUGGUGGAGGAGCUACAGACCCCCUGCUUUUCCAGCCUUGGGCUUCUCCAGAGCAGAACGCCAGAAUCUUUGUUGCCAAAAUACACAAUUUCAGACCCAAAGUUUACGUCUCUCAGACCUGCACAGAAAAUCCCACUUAUGGAGAGGAAUAGUCAGCAUCACUUUGAUAGAAGGGCGAGACCUCAAGGCCAUGGAUUCAAAUGGAUUUAGUGAUCCCUAUGUGAAAUUCCGGCUUGGUCAUCAGAAGUACAAGAGCAAGAUUAUGCCAAAAACAUUGAAUCCUCAGUGGAGGGAACAGUUUGACUUUCAUCUCUAUGAAGAGCGAGGAGGAAUUAUUGAUAUUACUGCAUGGGACAAAGAUGCUGGGAAGAGGGAUGAUUUUAUUGGCAGGUGCCAGAUCGACCUGUCAGCCCUCAGUAGAGAACAGACUCACAAACUGGAGUUACAGCUGGAAGAGGGUGAAGGACAUCUGGUGCUGUUGGUCACCCUGACAGCCUCCGCUACUGUCAGUAUAUCUGACCUCUCUGUAAAUUCCUUGGAGGACCAGAAGGAACGAGAAGCGAUAUUAAAGAGAUAUAGUCCAAUGCGGAUGUUUCACAAUGUAAAGGAUGUAGGAUUUCUUCAAGUGAAAGUCAUCAGAGCAGAAGGGCUGAUGGCAGCUGAUGUCACAGGUAAAAGUGACCCGUUCUGUGUAGUAGAAUUGAACAAUGAUAGAUUACUGACCCACACAGUCUACAAAAAUCUCAACCCUGAAUGGAAUAAAAUCUUUACCUUCAAUAUUAAAGAUAUCCAUUCGGUACUUGAAGUGACGGUUUACGAUGAAGAUCGAGACCGAAGUGCUGACUUUCUGGGCAAAGUUGCAAUACCGUUGCUGACUAUUCAAAAUGGUGAACAGAAAGCCUACGUCUUGAAAAACAAGCAGCUGACAGGGCCAACAAAGGGGGUCAUCUAUCUUGAAAUAGAUGUGAUUUUUAAUGCUGUGAAAGCCAGCAUCCGAACAUUAAUUCCCAAAGAGCAGAAGUACAUUGAAGAGGAAAACAGACUCUCUAAACAGCUGCUGCUCAGAAACUUUAUCCGGAUGAAGCGCUGUGUCAUGGUGCUGGUAAAUGCUGCCUACUACAUUAACAGUUGCUUCGAUUGGGAUUCACCCCCAAGGAGUCUCGCUGCUUUUAUGCUUUUCCUCUUUGUGGUUUGGAACUUUGAGCUCUACAUGAUACCCCUGUUUUUGUUGUUGCUACUGACGUGGAACUACUUCUUGAUAAAAUCAGGGAAAGAUAACCGGCAACGUGACACGGUAGUGGAGGACAUGCUAGAGGACGAGGAAGAAGAGGAUGACAAAGAUGACAAGGACAGUGAAAAAAAAGGAUUCAUAAAUAAAAUCUAUGCCAUCCAAGAGGUGUGUGUCAGCGUUCAGAACAUCCUUGAUGAAGUAGCAUCCUUUGGAGAGAGGAUAAAAAAUACAUUCAACUGGACAGUCCCAUUCUUAAGCUGGCUGGCAAUUGCUGCCCUCUGUGUGUUCACAGUCAUCCUGUAUUUCAUUCCGCUGAGAUAUAUUGUCCUUGUCUGGGGAAUCAAUAAAUUUACAAAGAAGCUUCGGAGUCCAUAUGCGAUUGAUAACAAUGAGCUGCUUGACUUCCUUUCUCGAGUUCCUUCAGAUGUACAAGUAGUGCAGUACCAAGAACUGAAACAAGAUCCCAGUCAUAGCCCGUGUAAAAGGAAGAAAAACAAUCUUGGCUAGCCAGCUUCACGCACUGAGGAGACCAGCAGCAUCUGUUUGAGAAAGAUAAAAGAAAAAAAAAAAGCCCCCAGCCUCGGCAACAUUUCCUUCCUUUAUGUUUUUAUUUAUUUUGUCUUUUUUUUAUCAUGAUGGAGAGAAUCUGUAAAUAUUGUACAAAGGCAUAUGUCAUUGAAAAUAUACUUCUGUUGUACAGAACCAGUUUGAUAAGGGUUUCAACUUUGGCUUCAGUUAUAUGAAACCCUUCCUAGCUGUGGACGAAACUAUAACAUGUUAAAAAAGCCAGUACAAAAUUCUGUGGGAAGAUAGUCUCUUCUGAUGGUUAGUGAACAGGCUAAAAUAUCCGAUUAAAUACUCAGCUGCGUCUGACUAAACCUAUAAAAAUGUAAAUGUCAAUCUGAUUCUUAGAAUUCACAAUCUGAACUGUGGUUGCUUUGGUUUUCAUUGGUUAUUUUUAAUCCAAAACAUUAUCCAUUAGUUUUUCUCAUUUCAACAGGGGAGAAAAAGCAACCAACCAAUCCCAUAACCUGGGGACAAGUUUAUCACAGGUUCUAUCAUUUGGUCCCUGUUCACUUUGGGUGCAAAUUAAUUUAGAAUUGCAAGGGCUGCUUCUAAAUGAAUGAAUGAAUGAAGGUGCACUUAGCCUUCAAGAGAAUUGUUGGCUCUUGAGGUCCAUGAGGAACAGAAGUUCCACUCCUUGUACAUCAUUCCAUAUGAGGACUCGAGAACCUAGAAAGGCCUAAAAUUAAAUACUGCCAGGUUUCUAAGUGAUUGCAUAUGACUUUUUGUAUAGUACACAUUAUUAUACUAUAAUACUUUAAUUUGUACUGAAUUAGCAGAUUAGCAAACCCAGUACAGUUAUCAAUAACAGCACUAACAAUCUGAAUUCAUUAUGAUUUUUGGUAUUGGGUUAUGAAUGUCUUUUGUCUGGCUAACGAAUUUUUAAUGUCUAAUUGUUCUCAACAGGCAAUGUGAGAGUUAGGGAUGGAGAUAGCCUUGGAGUAAGGAAGAUCCCCAGGGUUCAAGAACUGCCUCUGGUACACAUGAGUUAUAUUUACCUGGGUAAAUGACUUAACUUCUUCAGAGAGUUUGCCAAGACUAGAAAUUGUAGAGAAGUUGCUGAUUUGUAUUUAAAGAGUAAAGAUCUAUACCUGGAAUAAACCACUCUGAUGGUGAAGAACUCUGUGCUCCUCCCCUUAAAAAAGUUUUCAUAGAAAAAAAAGAUUUUACUUUUUGAAAAAAUUACAUCAUAUAAGGUGUUUCAUUGUGUAUGAUGUUUUCAGCUAUCAAUAUGAAUUUUAAUUUAGAAAAGGAUGAAGUGUGGUGACUGAUAUGCCAAUAUUUCAUUUUUUUCAUUUACGAAAUGGUAAUUUCUACUAAUAUGGAUCUGGUCCCCCUGCAUGAAAAUCAGUUUUGUAAAUUAGACUGCU